AUAUUAACUAGAAGUUAAUUGUUACUCAAUUAUGAUAUUAAUUAAGCAGCGAAUAGGAUAUAUUCUCACUACUAUAGGAAGCUUUGCCGAGUAUCUUCUUCCACACCCUUUUUACAGUAAAGAAUUUUGGUGAUAAGAAUAAGAAAUUCAUAAUGUCUUUAAAAGCAAGCAUAAGAUUUGCGAGGAUAUAUUCUUUGUUUCUCUCUUCUGCUUUCUUCUAGUACAAAUGUUUCAACCAUAGCAGUUGGACAAGCUUAAUCUGAAACAUACAUCAGAAUUAACUAGUAAUGGGGGGUUGUCCAGUUAAGCAAGCAAGAAGGCCUCCUGUUGUAACAUCACCGACGCCGAAACCUCCAUUUGUAACACCACCAACGCCGAAGCCACCUACAGAGCCAGAGCCAAUGAAGGAUUUCCCCCACAAGUUCGAGAUUAUCACAAACGAAGCAGAUAGUUCUAUCAAUCUUGAAGAGCGAAUGUACACCGGGAUCUUCUUGAAACAAAAAAAAAGGAUAUAUUGGGUGGAGGAGGAAACCAAUUACAAUUGCUUCAUGUUGUUUGCGAGGGACUUGUCAAUCAUAUGGAGUGAUCACCCAGAAUACUGGCGUUGGCUCACUCAAAAGGACAUAAGUGGUGAAGAGAUUGAGGUGGCUUCACUGCUAGAUGUUUGCUGGCUGCAAAUCAGUGGAAGAUUUGAAGUAUCCUAUCUCACGCCAGGAGUCACGUACGCAGUCGCAUUCGUUAUAAUGAUGAAAGUUCCGGCGUACGGGUGGUCUACCCCAGUGAAGCUUGCGCUCAAGUUGCCCGACGGGAGCGUUCAGCAACGCGAGGAGAGCUUGGGAGGAAAGCCUAGAGGGAAGUGGCUUGUGCUUCAAGUUGGCGAAUUCACGACGAAAGCUGAACAAGGAGGAGAAAUGGAGAUUUCAUUGAUAAGCUUUGAAGACUUGUGCUGGAAGAAAGGGCUGACGGUAAAGGGCGUGAUUAUCUGCCCGAAAAAUCUGCAGCCUUCACCAUAAGAUCUACAAUCCAUCACCAUGCUUAUGGAACUUCUGGUGUAUCUGUUUAUGUUCUUGUUUGUGAAAUGAAGUAGCAUG